UCCGCUCCAAGAAAGUCGUAUCCUUGCGGGCGCACGCUUUUUGCAACCGAGGAAAAAAACAAAUCAAAAGGUAGCUGGGGGGAGAGCCUGCUGAAAAGCUCAAACCCUCCUCACUUCCACGCCUCUCCUCCCUUUCCACACUCCGGCAGCCACUCCCCAUGUCUUCUAGAGGAGUAGGAGUAGGAGGAGGAGGAGGGGUAGGCGGCGGCGGAGGAGAUCACCAUGGCGUCUACCACCAGCACGGCCACGGCCAUCUCGCCCGCGCAGAUGGGGCCGAGUUCGUGUUCAGCAACAACGACAUGGAGAGCUUCUUCUUCAGCCAGCCGGGGUCGGGCGUGGUCGGUGGCGGGGGUAGCAGCAGGACCGGCGCCGACGAGCUCAUGCCGCCCAACUCCAGCAUCACGGACUACCUGCAGGGGUUCCUGGACCCCUCCGGGCUAGCGCGGCACCUGGACACGCCGUGCCCGCCAGCGGAGGAUGCCCCGGUCAAGCACGAGCUGUCCCUCGAUGCGAUGAGCCACGACAGCCAGGGCACCAGCGGCGGCGCGGCCGGAGAAGGGGCCGCGCUGCUCACGCCCAACUCCUCGGUGUCUCUGUCGUCCAGCGACCGGGAGGGGGACGGCCAGCCCCGUCGGUGCAAGAAAAAGGCCGACGAUGAGGUGGCCGCGGAGGGGGAUGAGAAAGAUCAGGAAAACUCCACGAAAGCGACCAAACCCAACAAGAAGAAAGCCGAGAAGAGGCAGAGGCAGCCCCGCGUGGCCUUCCUGACCAAGAGCGAGGUGGAUCACCUUGAGGAUGGCUACAGGUGGCGCAAAUACGGUCAGAAGGCGGUCAAGAACAGCCCUUACCCAAGGAGCUACUACCGGUGCACGACGCCCAAGUGCGGCGUGAAGAAGCGCGUGGAGCGGUCGUACCAGGACCCGUCGACGGUGAUCACGACGUACGAGGGGCAGCACACGCACCACAGCCCCGCCAGCCUCCGCGUUGGCGGCGCGCACCUCUUCAUGGCCGGGGCGCACGCGCUGCCGCCGCACCUCAUGCCGCCCGGCGGCGGCUUCCGGCCGGACCUGAUGGGCAUGAUGCGUCACCACCCCACCAUCCCCUCGGGCGCAAGCCCUAGCAUGUUCCUGCCGAGCAUGCCGCCUCCGCAGAUGCCAGCGCCGUCGCCUCCUCCCCCUCCUCUUCAGCAGCACCACUUCACUGACUACGCCCUCUUGCAGGACCUUUUCCCGUCGUCCACAAUGCCCAACAACCCAUAACUAACUGCAUGCCACACAAUUAGCUGCUAGCCUAGAUCGACACAUGAGAUGCUUCUUCUGAAAUACUCGAGUUUGCGUGCGCGCGCCAAAUGUGAUCGCCUGAUGACCCUAUAUUAUUGGGCUUGGUCUUUGCACGGUGAGGGUGUUGUUGUUAUUGAUUAAUCUGAUGCAAGCUUUCAUCUUAAACUUUUGCUUGCAUUUCUUCCUCUUCCAUUUGUCAACUUCUCUCCUACCUCGCGCGGAUCGGAGUACUAGAUGGAAGUUACUUUAUUUGUAACUAUCGCUAGAACGGCAACAUAUAUAAUUUGUCAUGUACUCCGAUCCGCCACAGCCCGAGCGCCGCCGCCACAGCCGCCGGCGCGCCCCCGCCC